AUGCGAUUCUCAAUCGUUGUAUUCGCUACAUUUCUUGGAUCUGCCAUCGCUGGUUCAUUCUCUGACCUUCGGAGGCGAGAUUUGGAGAGGCGAGAACUUGGGGAGCUUCUUGAGAGAGCACUGGAUCAGGACACUGGCUUUCUUACCCUUCGGGAGCGGGACGCCCUGAAGAAGGUUAAAGCCGCUGUUGUGAAACCCUUGAGAGCGGCCAAGGUAUUGAAAGGCCCGAAGGACGAAAAAGGCAACAGGAUCGAGCAACCGAGGAAGAUGACAAAGGAUGAAAGGAAGAAGUUUGAUAUAGGGGCUUGA